AUGCAGGCACCGGGGCCCGCGUACCUGGCGAUGAAGCACCCCGAGUGCCCAGCUGACACCGGUCCGUGUCUCCCGUACUUAUCCCGCAAUGACCGGACGACCGCCGUGGGGCGCAUACCAAUCCUCGAUGUCCGCCCGGCCAUCCAGCACGGGCGCCGGCCCGCCAAGGCCGUCACCGGAGAGACCUUCGAGAUCUCAGCCACUGUAUUCCGGGAAGGGCACGGCGCAGUCGCCGCCAAUGUCGUUCUGAGGGAUUCCAAGGGCUAUCCCGGCCCAUGGACACCGAUGCGGGAGUUGGCGCCUGGCACGGACCGGUGGGGUGCAACAGUCACGGGAGGUGAGCCGGGACUGUGGGUGUUCACCGUCGAGGCCUGGGCCGACCCGGUCGGCACCUGGCGACGCCAUGCGCAGGGCCAGGUCACAGGCACGGACACUGAGAUCGUCCUUGAGGAAGGUGCGUGCCUAUACGAGCGGGUCGCUGGCGGCGUGCCAGAAGAAGAGGGCUUGCGGGGUCUGAUCCUGGCCGCCGCUGAUGCCAUGCGGGAUGAGACACUCUCGGCGGCGACACGGUUUCAAGCGGCUCAAACGCCCGAGGUAGACGCGGUUUUGUUCCGGUACCCGCUGAAAGAAUUCGUCACGAGCAGCGAGGCGUUGCCACUGCUGGUAGAGCGGGAACGGGCGCUGUACGGUUCCUGGUACGAGUUCUUUCCCCGGUCCGAAAGCACGCCGGAGCAGCUGCAUGGCACGUUCCGGACUGCAGCCCGCCGGCUGCCGGCGAUUGCGGCCAUGGGUUUCGACGUGGUGUACCUGCCGCCGAUCCACCCAAUCGGCACGACCUCCCGCAAGGGGAAGAACGACACCCUCUCCGCCGGACCCGAUGAUGUUGGUGUGCCGUGGGCCAUCGGCUCGCCCGAGGGCGGUCACGACGCCGUUCACCCCGCCCUGGGCAGCCUAGAGGACUUCAGUUGGUUCGUCGACCAGGCCCGGGAGCUGUGCAUAGAAAUAGCCCUGGACUUUGCCCUCCAGUGCUCCCCGGACCAUCCCUGGGUGAAGAGACACCCCGGGUGGUUCCACCGCCGGCCCGACGGCACCAUCGCCCACGCGGAGAACCCGCCUAAGAAGUACCAGGACAUCUACCCCAUCGCCUUGGACGCGGACAUGGACGGUCUUGUCGCGGAAGCCUGUCGAGUGCUGCGGCAUUGGAUGAGCUAUGGGGUGCGCAUCUUCCGGGUGGACAACGCGCACGCCAAGCCUGCCGUCUUCUGGGAGCAGGUCAUCUCGGACAUCAACCGCUCCGACCCGGACGUGAUCUUCCUCGCCGAGGCGUUCACCCGCCCCGCGAUCAUGCACACUCUAGCCCAGCUCGGCUUCCAGCAGUCCUACACCUACUUCACCUGGCGCAACACCAAGUCAGAACUCAUCGAGCACCUGACGGAGCUCUCGGGCGACGCCGCAAUUUACAUGCGACCCAACCUCUUCGCCAACACCCCGGACAUCCUGGCGGCCUACCUCCAGCACGGCGGCCGGCCCGCGUUCGAAGUCCGCGCCGUCCUCGCCGCCACGCUGUCCCCGACCUGGGGCAUCUACUCGGGCUACGAGCUCUGCGAGAACACGCCGCUGCGCGAGGGCAGCGAAGAGUACCUCGACUCGGAGAAAUACCAGCUCCGGCCGCGAGACUGGGACGCGGCGGAGCGCGAGGGCCGCACCAUUAGCCCCUUGCUGACGCGGCUCAACACGAUCCGGCGGCAGAACCCGGCGCUACAGCAGCUGCGCAACCUCUGCUUCCUCCACCACGCUGGCAAUGAUUCGAUCAUCGUGUAUUCGAAGAGGAAGGGAGAUAACACGGUCCUGGUCGUCGCCAACCUUGACCCGCACCACACCCAGGAGGCCACCGUCUACUUAGACAUGCCGCAACUCGGCCUGGCGUGGCACGAUGUUGUGUUGGUGUGCGAUGAGCUCACCGGUGAGAACUGGGAAUGGGGCAGGGCCAAUUAUGUGCGCCUCGAGCCGGGCUGUCGACCUGCGCAUGUUUUCUCGGUUAGGAAGAUAAUUUGAUGAAGAAGCCGAGUCAGCAAGUAGCCGCUAUUCCCUAGAGCAGGAUACUAUGUAAUCAGCUCUCGUUCGACAUGUAGAGCGAGUGACCCGCAAUGGUGAGCGGGCUAGACAGUGCUGCCAGGUGACGGAAUGCCAGAAGCAAGAAACGGGCAGCGAGCGUGAAGACACACAGAAAGAGCAGCAGGACUAGGAUAGGCCCAUGAAUGGUUUUCGG